AUGGUGGUGGGCGUUCCAGGGAGGAAGACCACUGUGUCUUCAGGCCCAUCCCCUGGAACCCUUCGUAAUUACAAUAAACACCAUGAGAUAGACUUUGCAAAAAUUUACCUUGCCAUGCAAAAAGGGCAUAAAGUUUGCAAGAUCAACGUGCUGAAAAAAUGGGACCCUGCUUACAAACUAUUAACUCUGAACAUGGAGACACGACAACUUUUCCUGAACAAACUUGAGCAAACAGCUGUACGAAGUAAACCGACGGUACUGGAUCUACGACAUGUGCGUGAAGUCCAAACGCUGGACUAUAAACUCUCGGCUAUUCAAAUAGGUGACAAAUGGAAGAGGGAUAGAGAGAUUCAGAAUUUUGACCCGUUGAAGAUCCUAGUAAUCUCUUAUGGAACGCAAUUCACCCUUAAGGAAUGGACACUACUCUUUGAAUCAGCUGAAGCGUGUCGAUUAUGGAACGAAGGAGUGCACAAUCUGAUGCUGGAUACUCGCGAUCGCUUCACCUCAAGUCAUUCGGCGCGAAUCGAACGAUUCAUAGCCAAACACUUCUACAAGCUGAUCACACCAGGAUCCGAAUUUGUGGCAAGAAAGCACAUGAAACCGUUUGUACAAACUUCUCUACAGUACAAGGUCCCAUCGAGGCAACUUCAGGAAGUUACCGAGGAUCAAAUGAAUCUGCUACAGUUUUCGAAGGCAACCAGGAAUUUUAUACAUUCUCAACCGUUAUUUUUGUCAAGAUUUGCGGAAUUGUCUGAAAACGGCACUACCGUGAGUUUUGACAAUUUCAUUCGAUUCCUUGAAAAUAUGCAAAGUGAUAAAAUUGCCUCAAACCGAACACGUGUGAUUGAAUUUCUUAGAAGGUGA